CGAAUCACUGUGUGGUAGUGCACAAUAUUCCAUCAUGACAGAGUUUUGUAUGGCAGAUAAAUCUGCCACGACUGAGCAAUGCCACAUAACUCAUCCCGGCUGGGCCACGUCUUGAACAUUAGUGAUCACUAUAGAAAUGAGUUGAUGGCGUUUGAGCGCAGGGCCUGCGUGAUCCGAUAGUAGGUAGUGCCUUAUCGGAUUUCGCGAACGCUGUCGCCGCUUCUGGUACAGAUAAAGAUCCAGUUUUUCUUUCGCGAGUUAUGCGCAAGGAAUAUUAUUCUCCCGUCGACGGUGACGAUGUAAACCUUCUUGAUAGUGGUACAGAAACCAGACCUCCUCCAAAAUCCCGCUUCUUUCACUGGUCGCCAUUGCUGAGCCAUGGCGUACUGAUGUCCAUAACGAUGCUGUUCUUCACGCUAUGGGCACGGGCGCCUUCGAUAGAUGACGUGGUUGUGUAUUCUCCAGCCAACGAGGCAAUUGAAUCUAUCGGUAUUGUAAGACUCAACGGAACCCUGAACGCUCCUUCCAUAUAUCGUGGUCCAUCCCCAGAAGUCGACGCCGCUUGGGAUAGGGUAUCUCUCAAUGCACGCCCAAUUCGUAUGACGCUUGAGCAAUUGCUCAGAACAGGUGAGAGACCUUCUCCCGCCAUGGCUCAGUAUCCGGACGAAUAUGGCGGAGGUUACAUGGCAACAGUAGAAGUCAUUCACCAUCUCCAUUGCGUAGACAUGCUUCGCAGAGUCACCUGGAACAAACCUCAAUCCUAUGAUCAUGACGACGAAUCCCACGAAUCCCACAAAGACUUCCGCAUUCAUCUCGACCAUUGCAUCGAAAUGCUCAGGCAGAUCAUUAUGUGUCGUGGUGAUGUGACAAUGAUCACUUACGACUGGCUGGAGGGGCACGAUGAUCCUUUUCCUAACUUCAACAUUCGUCACCAAUGCAGAAACUUUGAGAAGGUCUUGGAUUGGGUCGAUGAGCGCCGUGUUAUUGUCCCUAGACCCAAGAUGGUCCGCUUGGAGGAUAACGUCGACUUGCCUUCCCCUCCUUGAUUGCAGUCUUA